UUGGCUGUGAUAAUCGGUCAACAAGAGUACGGGAGGGAGGCAGGAGGGCACAGGGCAGCACGUUUACAGAUACUGAAUCAUAAUUACUUGUUCAAAAAGAUUCACCCACCUCUUUUCAUAUUGAUCCGAGACACUUAGCUUGUUUUUGUGGCGGUCGUCGACAAUGUUGUUGUGUCGCACGGCGAGCCUGUCUGCCUUGGAUCCGGCUUUCAAGUCCACGGACUCGUUUCUAGUGCGAGUCAAAGCAAACAGACUGAGGGACGUCACUGUGACAUUACGCAAGGGUUACACGUUUCAGCGGUACGGGUGUUUCUGUGGAUCAGUCCCGGGUACCAACGAAGCUCUUGACCCCCUGGGGAAACAACAACAUAACCCGGACCGGGGACCUGUCCAGCACCGGGACUCACCGUGUGCUCCACACCGGGGACACUUGAACCGGGUGGCUACUAUAGCUGUGAAUCUCUCCAAAUGCGUGCAAAGUAAAGGCGGUAACGUAGAUAUUAUCGCGCAUGCAAACACGCUGGGCAGAGGGGAGCUGGGGAAUGGUUUGUUUACAGGUUACUGGGGGGUUUCAAGUCGACUCUGCUCCACUGGGACAAUGCAGACUAGAGCUUUUUCCACGAAGAAGAGCGAAACCGGAGAGGAGCACACGGCUAACAACAAAGAGGAGGCCCCUACUACUUCCUCAUCCACAGAGAAGACCGCGGGGGAGACGGAGCCAGAGGGAGGAAAACCAAACAAGACCCAGCAGCUGAAGAAAGUGUUCAAGGAGUAUGGAGCAGUGGGAGUUUCCUUUCACAUCGGGAUGUCCCUCAUGUCUCUGGGAAUGUUCUACCUCCUUGUAUCCAGUGGGAUCGAUAUGGCGGCUGUCCUCUGCAAAGUGGGCUUCAGUGAGACGGUCGUCCGCUCGAAGAUGGCUGCAGGGACGAGCAUGUUUGUCUUGGCCUACGCCAUCCACAAGCUCUUCGCUCCGCUUCGCAUCAGCAUCACUCUGGUGUCAGUGCCUCUCAUCGUGCGCUACUUCAGAAAGACUGGUCUCUUUAAGCCACCCACACCUGCACCCUGAAGCCCCCCCCCUUCCUCUGCAGCGUCAUUAAACAACAAACAUCCUGACCAUUUAAAGCCAUAAUUACAAAGCCUGAAAAUAUCCUUACUCAUUGCCUUCAUCUAGAAAUGCCUCAUCUUCUCUCGGUGGUGAAGUGAAGUGAAACAUGUUCUUCAUUAGAUCUUGUUGCAGCAGAACCAAGGUGUUUAGUUGUGUUACUGUAGGAUUAAAAAGUCUGAAGAGUGACUGCUCUCUGAAAACAAAACAUUUGGAGUCAUGUCUCGAUGUUUGUGCGUUCCAGAAGCAAAGACUGAUACAGCUCAAAUAUUUAUUUACAAUCAGAGGUAUGAUCAGGGGUUUUAAGCUCUGUCAGUGGGCGGGGUUGGCUCUAAUGCUGUGAGGUUCCCUGUCGGGACACUUUAAAAAAAGCUCCUCUGUCCUCCACUGUCCCCUGCUAGCUGACUGGCCAUGUUCCGGUGUUGUGUGAAUCAGCAGAAUAAUUCAGGUUCUCUCUGUCUCCUACCUCGCUCCUCUCUGUAUGCUUCUCCCUCCCUGCUCAGACGCCUACGCUCUGUUUUUAUUUCUACUGUUUGCUUCCCUGCUAAUUUUCUCCUCAACACCUCUCCUCCUGGCAUCCAUUUUCCUCCUCCCUUCCCCCCUGUGCUGAUCCUCUCUCCUCUUUUUCUCUCUAUCUUCACUCCCUCUUGCUUUUUUAUUUUGUAAAGGCCUCUGCCCAAGCAUUAAUGUCGAUUCCAUUAAUCUGAUUGUAAUUAUUUCCAAAUCUUGGAUGAAAAAGGUUGGUUAGUGAAUGGACUGUAUUUAACUAUUAAAAAAAGUGAUCUUUUAUAGUUUUUGUCUUUGUGUUUUAAAAAUACCAUCAGGAAAUAAGGCAGUACAGUUAUAAUGACUGCUGUAUUUGGCCUCUGUGGAUUAAAGCUGUUGUAAUCAA